AUGCUGGUCGUUACCGAAGCGAUCGAUGCGGUGAACGGCCACUCGUGUGGAGCCGUUUCACUAUUCAUGGGUGUCACCAGACGUACAGAAUCUGAUGACACGUCCGGCCGAAAACCUGUACAGUGUCUCGUAUACGAGGCCUACCAUUCAAUGGCCAUCAAACAGAUGCAGGGUGUUAUGGAGCAGAAUAUGGCCGUCUAUGACUCGGAUCGGAUCCACAAAUGCUAUGUCUGUUACCAAUUGGGACGCGUGAACGUCGGCCAGACGUCUAUAACGGUUAAAGAGCUAAACAACCUUAUUAAAAUACGCUCCGACUAUGUCGUACACUAUUUAAACUCGUGGUUUGAAAGCGACAAAUACUACUUACAAAUGGAGUUAUGCGCCGACAGUCUGCGCAAUAUAUUGACGCUUAAACGCCGGGCGUUUGGCCGCCAAACGGCUGCUCAGGCCAUGAAUUCGUAUUUGCAUUCAUCGAAACCGGCGGUCAUUCACCGCAAUCUCAAACCCGAUAACGUGUUGAUCGCCCGAACCGUUCGCAACGGCCGGUACUUAAGUGUAAAAGCGGACACAUGUACUACCAUGUACUAUGUAUGA